AUGUUUGGAGUUUGUAUUAAUUAUGAUGAGAAUGAUAGUAAUCAGGAGGGGCGUGAAGAGGAUCACAUUGGUUACGGUUUUGCUGAUGUUGAAGAUUCGAGUUCAAACAUACAGUUUGAUGGUUUCCAUAAGUUAUGCUUGCCAACAGGGAGAUUGUCAAGUCAAAUCGGCGCAUUUUUGUUGAGUAUCAGUGCAGCAGAACAAAAGAAGCAGAGAAUUUCUGAAAUAAAAACUGGGCUAGAUGAAGCUGAGGCUUUGAUUCGGAAGAUGGACCUUGAGGCUAGAAGUUUGCAGCCAAGUGUAAAGGCCAUACUUCUUGCCAAGUUAAGGGAGUAUAAAUCUGAUUUGAACAAUUUGAAAAGUGAAAGUAAAAGGAUUUCAUCAGCCAAAGUAGGUCAGGCUGCAAGAGAUGAGUUGUUGGAGUCAGGAAUGGCAGAUACGCUAAUGCUACAUGGCGUGGAUGAUAAUAUUGGGAAGAGCAGGAAAAUUCUUACUGCCAUGUCACGGAGAAUGAGCAGAAACAAGUGGAUCAUUGGCUUCAUAAUUGCAGUUCUUGUUGUGGCAAUUCCUUUGAUUCUCUACUUCAAGCUCUUCCAUUAGUUAUCAAUUGGUAUGUGAAAAAUGCUUGUGAAUUAUUUUAUAUUUGUUUUCUAUUUUGUGUGCAUAUGAUAAUUCAUUUUCCAUAUUCUCCAGUAUGUAAGUUCCAUUUUCUGUUUUGGAUUGUGAAUAGUGGAUUGUUUGUGCCGUAAAUUGUGCAGUAUUUUUUUUUCA